AUGAUCCUGGACGAAGACGAUGUCGUCGGUAACAUCUGCAUGAUUCGCGUUGAUAGCUCAUGGAGUUUCGCGGAAGUUCGUCGCAAGAUCUACGAGAAGGAGAAGUAUAUUUUCGAGCGUCUCAAGAUCCCCCCCUCUGAAAUUUCUAUCUACACUACCCUGCCCCAUCGUGUGAAGACGAGUGUGGAGGGUUCGAAACCCAUUGUCCCCUUGUAUAAAGUCGGCACGAUCUGUCAUCAACUGAACCCGGAUGACAUGUCGAUUCAUCUUGUGCUCGUGGCGCGUCCUCUAGCUUACCCAAUCAUCCCCGCCAAACGCAGGCCUUCCACCACAGAGGACGAGGUGUUGAAGCGCAUCAAGACACAGAAGAUUGCACUAAAUUCCCCGUCCAACUAUGCCCAUGCGUCUACGUUCGCGAGGCUGCAGACGAUAGCUGAACAUCGUGUGCUGAAUGAUCGCCCAGUGUCCGAGCCGGAGAUUGCUCCUAUUGCCCUUCUGUAUGACGGCUUCGGCGUUUUGACGGAUAUGCUCGCCGCUGAGGAAAGCGAAAAUGUCCACGCCGAGAAGGACGCGAAAUUUUUCACACUUGUGCGUGAUUUCGCGGAUGCUAUGUGCCUAUACUACGCAGAUGAUCUAGCGCGGAUGAACGCUGGGCUACGGUUUCUUCAGAAGAUAUUCAAUGACGGCAGAGAAUGCGAUAUCAACGAUCCCAAUCCCGAUCCUGAUUGCAUAUGUGUCAGGAGGGCUGAUGCUGAUGGCAACUCGAAAACGGACGGCAACUCAGUAUGCGUCACAGGAGCUGCAGAUCUUAUGUUCAAAUUCAAGAACGAGCAAGGGACCUCAGGUGAUCCUGUGCCGGAGGGCGUGUCCUAUAUUGCUCAUUUCCACCGGAUGGCAGUCGAGGAGAGCAGUGUCAACGAAAAGUUGUAUUCUGGGUGGAGGGUGCCUUCUCUCCUCGUUACAGUUGCUGGCGCAGUUAUAACGUUUCAUGCGGUAGUUGCUAUGGGCAACUAUCGGGUAGUACCUCUGACACCGCCAAUGUGGCUGGUCAGCCCGACAGGGUCGAGCAAUGAUAUGGUAUACCGCAGAAUGCUCAUUCGCGCAUUCAAGGUUGCGGUAUUUGUCCGACAAAAGAUCCGUGAAGAUACUGCCAAGAUGCGGGAGUUGGCCAGCAGAGAUGGCCUUACUUCACUGUCGCUCAAAGAAAUGUAUCUCCCGAACAUCAUUAGCGUUACAUCGACCACCGCUGGAUCGCCGCCUCUCGGGACCAAGAUCUUAGAAGUACUGUUAUCGCGAGAAGACCGUCUUGUCUAUUUCGCAAAGAGGUUGGAUGCGGACCAAGAGUACAUCAUCAUCAAAGUCACGCGGCGCUACACCAGAGAGCUGCAUGAGUUUUGCGCAGAGAGAGGGCAUGCGCCAAGGCUGCUCGGGUUCGAUAGGGUCUCAGAUGGGUGGAGUAUUGUGGCGAUGGAAUACGUCCAAGGCCAGUCCUUGCUCGAAAGCCACGGAUAUCUGACAGAGUGGAGGGAUGGUUUGAAAAAGGUCGUCGACGAGUUCCACAGCAAAGGACUGGUUCACGGUGACCUGUGA